CCCGCAGCCUAGCUUCUUCUACAACUAAUGUAAAGAAAGAAUAACAAAUGAAUUAGCUACAAUGCUAGUUAGCUAUUUUAGCUUAAAACUGGUAAUCGUCGCAGCUUUAAGCAGAGUAAAUCAAUUACACCAUGCUGCCUGACAAAGAUGGUCCAGGUGUUGGAGGCAGACAGAGCUCUCCUGAGGGAGAGGAUCUCUCUGUGAGUCUGUUCAGAGAGUACCUCCGUCUCAAAACUGUCCACCCUGAACCUGACUAUGAUGCAGCUCUUCGGUUCCUGGACAGAAUAGCGGAUGAGCUUGAGCUACCUAUGAGAAAGAUUGAGGUUUGUCCAGGCAGAGUUGUGUCGAUCAUGACAUGGGAAGGGAAGAACCCGACUCUCAAGUCCAUCUUACUGAAUUCCCACACAGAUGUUGUACCUGUUUUCCAGGAUCAUUGGAAAUACGAUGCUUUCAGUGCUUUCAAAGAUGCAGAGGGCAACAUUUAUGCCCGGGGAUCACAGGACAUGAAAUGUGUAACUAUACAGUACAUCCAGGCAGUCCGAAGACUGAAGGCAGAGGGACGGAAACUGAUACGCACUGUGCACUUAAUGUUUGUUCCUGAUGAAGAGGUUGGAGGUCACAAGGGAAUGGAAACAUUUGUGACGCAUCCGGUGUUCAAAAAAUUAAACAUUGGCUUUGCUCUUGAUGAAGGUCUGGCGAACCCUGGCGAGGCCUUUACUGUGUUUUAUGGAGAGAGAAAUCCCUGGUGGAUUACAAUCCACUGCCCAGGAAAUCCAGGUCAUGGGUCAAGGUUUGUGGAGAACACGGCUGCUGAGAAACUGCGCCAAGUCAUAAACUCCUUCCUGGACUUCAGAGAGAAGGAGAAACACAGGCUAAAUACGAGUGAGUGUUUCACGCUCGGUGAUGUCACCACAGUCAAUAUGACCAUGGUCAAAGGAGGCGUGGCCUACAACGUCAUCCCAGCUGAAAUGGACGUCAGCUUUGACCUAAGAAUACCACCGACAGUGAAUCUACAGGAGUUUGAAAGGCAGAUCAAAGAGUGGUGUAAAGAAGCAGGAGAGGAUGUCACGUACGAAUUUGCUCAGAAACAUAUGAACCAGAACUUGACUUCUACAGCGGAGAAUGAUCCGUGGUGGAACGCCUUCAGUGCAGCCUGCAAGGCAAUGAACAUAACUCUGGAAAAGGAGAUAUUUCCAGCUGCCACGGAUAGCCGUUUUAUCCGAGCGGUGGGUAUCCCUGCUAUCGGCUUUUCCCCAAUGAACCGGACGCCAAUCCUGCUCCACGAUCACAACGAGUACCUGAACGAGCAAGUCUUCCUGAAAGGCAUCAGUGUGUUCGAGAGGCUCAUCUCAGCUCUUGCCAGUGUUCCUGCCUUUCCUGAUGAGGCUUAGACAGGUCUUAAUUUUAAUCCUCGCUAAAAACGUAUUUCACUGAUGAUCUGAAUAUUUAACUUGAACAUUUUGCAGAGAUUACCAAAGAAUAAUAAAAUGUAUCAUUAAGCCAAACUGAGCACUUAGCCAUUGGUACUAUUAUUUAAAUUUUUAUGAUUCUCAGGAUCUAGGUGCGGUAAGCUUUGCAUUGCACAGUAGUGCAGUGUUUUUUUUUAACAACAUGUGUGGACACAGUUUUGAAGAUAUAUCAGCUGUUGUGAAAGCAAUGUUUUGCCAUUAGUAUGGAAAAAAUCAACUAUUAUUAACUCUUUGAUCACGCGUCAUAUAAUGGCCACUUUUACAUUUAACUUGAUUUAAAAAAUAUAAUUUUAUUUAAUAAACUGGAAUUGAAUAAAUAUAUUUGUUCAUUA